AUGCUCUUCGCUCAGCAUGUGGCAGCAACCAACUUCACCGAAUGUAUGUUGAACUUGCAGGCUGGGAGCUCUAUUGCAGGCUUGUUGGACAACGCCGGACAUAGCGUCACGGCUCCGGCUAAUGCGACCGCCAUCACAUACGAGCUGUGCAAGUCUGCUUGCGGCGCGAACCCGGAGCCGUUCCAGUGGAGCAUAUUCAGCUCGCAGUUCAGCGCCUGGCUGCUCCCAUGGCUUGCCCUCAUCUCUCAGCUGCCCUUCGGCUCGCGUUACAAGUCCGACAACCUCAUGUCCAUGUUACUCACGGUUGGGUCGCCAGCUCUCGGUGCAUACUCCCUUAUCUUCACCGUUCUCAACGGUCAAUGGGUCGCACGCCGGCUGUCGGGCAUCAAGUACCCGAACGUUCGUAAGGCGUGGCGCGUGCUUGCCAGCUUGCAACAGUCCGCCCUCCGAAUUGAUGAUUCCGAGGGGCAUCUGUCUAGCCUUAUUGUUCUUUCGGAGAACGAUGAAUGGUGGGAGGAGCUUGCGCACGGUCUCGACUACACACAGACUUGGUCACUCUCAGCCGUAUCCCAGAUCAUAUGGGUUCUCGUCGCCUACCUGUUCACCGUGAUCGACUCUCUCGCGGAUCCUACCAAUAGCGUCAACUCGAGCGGACAGGGUGUGGGCGCAGUCUUUCUGUGGUUACUGCCGAUUGUCAUCGGAUACCUUCAACUCUCACCAAAGUGUGACUUUGAACGUGUCCGAGACGCAGUCGACCGCGCCAAUACAAGCAAGGCGUAUCGCGCUAGCCCAUACAACUCUCAAGCACCCGCGCGUGUACUGUCUGGGCGUCGUGGCCUCUUCAUCGAGGUGCGCGAUGUUGGAGAGGCCCAUCGCGACGAGCAGGCGUGCGCGCCUGUAUUCAACUACGCCCGCUUUCUCCACUGGACGGCUGAUGUCGAAGUCGUCGCGGGGGCCUUUGAGGUCGCGGCGAGCAAUGCUGCCAACCACGUUCCCAUCAGCGCAUCUGCGUUGUGGGUGGAGGACCCGUCGUUGAAGGGUCACAUAAGCGAUCUCAACCGCCGAGGGACCGACGAGGAGGUUCGGCGCUACACUCGACGGACCAAGCACCCGAAACGCCCGAGGGGCUUGAUUGCCACUGGCGUGAUCCGGCGCUUCCUCAUAGCCUCGUUCCUCGCUCUCUUCCUUCAGUGGGGAACCAUAGGAGGUGGUAUCGUCGUAGUGAUGUAUACACCGACGACGGGACUAGGCUGCCGCAGCGGAGCGUACAUCUUGUACGCCGUGACCGGAACCGUCAUCUGGCUACUCAUGGUCCUAUCCUCAUUCCUAUCUUAUCAUGCUGCGACGUCGAGCUCUCCAUCUGGACCUCUGCGCACGCUAUCGUCCCCACGCAUCGCGGGCAUGCUCUCAACCGGACUCCGCAGGAUAGGCAAGAUCCUCGCCAUGCUCAACACGACAUGGAUCGUCGUGGUGUGCAUCUUCCAAUUCGCUAGCUUCUUCGACCGAUGCUACUGCAACUCGAGCGUGAUUGGACUUGGAAAGGGUGCCUACGAUGUGAUCAACUUCACGUCCAGCGACGUGCAUGCGAUGAAGUCUGCCUGGAUAGGCUCUGUCUCUCUCUCGCUUGGAACUGCUACUUUAUUUGUUUUAUUUGUCGCCCUCUACGUGGAUCCACCCGGCCCAGUGUCAAGCAAAUGA